CACCAGCCGUGCGCAGCUACAUCGAGCACAAAAUAACUAUUGUGGGGAUAGAUGAUUGAUAACGCAACUGCUAUAGCGCAGGCCGGGAGACGGAAACAUAUGUAAUUGUCUUAUUGUACAGCUGGUUCAGUGACACUGGGUGCUGCAUGGAUUGUUAUUGCAAUCAGUCCUUCUACAUCAGCUACUUCAACCAGCAAUUACAAAUUACUUUGAUUCCGGACGGCUUGCCGAGGAGGAAUAUUGCUGCAGAGCUAUAGGGGAAUGCCAUGUGUCGUGGCCCGACAUAAGAAGCGCUUUGUGGUGUGUUUUCCACCGGGGACAGGUGGUGUUGGGAGGUAGCGGGUGUAUAUGAAAACACAACCCGGAGACAGUUGUCUUAAGGAUGUCACGCUGCCGUACAGGAUAUUUUUUUUUUGCCAGAGACAGAUGCGACAGAGAGGAGUAGGCUAGUAGUUUACAAAUUAGGUUAGGAUUAGGUUUGACGAAAACAUCGGAUCACUCUCUCCUCUUCUUACAUACUGGAUAUUAUUCCAGGGGAAAUCAGACUGUAGAGAGAGGCAAGAACUGUGUAAACGCCGCGUUCCGGGCGCACCCUUUACGCGACAAUAAGCGAGUCUGUGUUCUACUGCUGCCAUGGCAACCCUGGCCCCACCCUUCUUCCUGCUGUUUUGGCUCCUCCGAUUGGCCAGCGCCGCAUUUCCAGAGGAACCGGGGCCUCUGAACUUUAUACCCACUGAAGUGGUACGGCGGUACCCAGUGUUUCUGGGUCGGCCACAUCGUUCAUCCCUGAGACAGGAGACACUGCAUAUUCAGAGAGUUCUCAAGGUGAACCGGACUCUCUACAUUGGAGCCAGAGAUGACCUUUUCCGUGUGGAGCUGGACAAUGUGGCGGGAGAGGAGAUGUUCUACAGUAAGAAGAGAACAUGGGAGUCCAACAAAAACGACAUCAGGACCUGCAGGAUGAAGGGCAAGCACGAGGACGAGUGUCGGAACUUCAUGAAGGUUUUGCUGAGUCGACAAGGAGGUCUGUUUGUCUGUGGGACCAACGCCUUCAAUCCGCUGUGUGCCAACUAUACUGGAGACACACUGGAGAUGGUGGGAGAGACGGUCAGUGGCAUGGCCCGCUGCCCCUAUGACCCUAAACACGCCAACGUGGCUCUGUUCGCCGAGGGGAAUCUGUUUACGGCCACUGUGACAGACUUCCUGGCAAUAGAUGCAGUGAUCUACCGUAGCCUGGGGGACAGUCCUGCACUCCGCACUGUCAAACACGACUCCAAAUGGUUCAGAGAGCCCUAUUUUGUCAGUUCAGUGGAAUGGGGUCCUCACAUCUACUUCUUCUUCAGAGAGAUGGCUGUGGAGUUUAACUAUCUGGAGAAGGUACAGGUGUCUCGGGUGUCUCGGGUGUGUAAGGCGGACCUGGGGGGCUCUCAGAGGGUGUUGGAGAAGCAGUGGACUUCGUUCCUGAAAGCCAGACUGAACUGCUCCGUCCCUGGAGACUCCCACUUCUACUUCAACCUGCUCCACUCCACCAGCCCUGUCAUCAGGAUGCACGGCAGGGACAUCGUCCUGGGAGUCUUCUCCACCCCCGCUAACAGUAUCCCUGGUUCAGCAGUGUGUGCCUUCGACAUGGAGCAGCUGGCUGGGGUGUUUGAUGGGAGAUUCAAGGAGCAGAAGUCACCUGAGUCUAUAUGGACCCCUGUUCCUGAUGAGCUCAUUCCCAAACCAAGGCCAGGAGGCUGUGCCAUCCAGGGCUCCAGGUUCAACUCAUCCAAUGGUUUCCCUGAUGAGAUGUUGAACUUUGUGAAGACCCACCCCUUGAUGGAUGAGGCUGUGCCCUCACUGGGACAGAGUCCCUGGAUUGUCAAGACCAUGGUCAGGUACCAGCUGAAUAAGAUGGUGAUGGACACAGAGGCUGGCCCCUACCGGAACCGAACGGUGCUCUUCCUGGGCUCCAGCCGUGGGACCAUCCUCAAGUUCCUGAUCAUCCCCAACUGGGACAACACUGUGUCCGGCAGCAAUGUCUUCCUGGAGGAGCUGGAGGGCUUCAACCCUGACAAGUGUGGGGAGGACACUCCGCAGGCGAGGCAUCUGUUGUCCCUGACUCUGGACCGGGUGAGCCGCUCUCUGCUGCUGGCCUUCCCCUCUUGUGUGGUCAGGGUCCCUGUGGCACGAUGCCAGCUCUACUCACGCUGCAUGAAGAACUGCAUCGCCUCCAGGGACCCCUACUGUGGCUGGACCAGGGGAAGCACCUGCUCUUUCCUCAGGCCCGGGACUAGACUGCCGUUCGAGCAAGACGUGGAACGUGGCAACGUGUCCCACUUGGGCGACUGUGACGGUCUUCUUCAGGAGUCUUUCAUUGACGAACCAGACGGUCUGGUAUCCAUCAACCUGCUGGUCGUGUCUGCAGUCUCAGCCUUCGCAACAGGGGCGGUGCUGUCUGGCCUGGCUGUCUGCUGGAUCAUGAGUCAUCGCCACCGCCACCGCACGCGAGGGGCAGGAGCCAACAAUAGGAGCCGUAAAGGGGACAAAGAGCAGAACAUGCUAGGUCAGGGGCAGAGUGGCUCGGUGAUGAGUGUGACCCGUACCAGUGGCAGCGAGAGGACCCGGUCACAUUCCCAGGCAGACAACCCAUUCGUAACGCCCAAUGGCUGGCCUAAAGGAGAGAUAGACCCAGGCUUACCUACUCCAGAACAGACUCCCCUACAGCAGAAACGGCCUCCACCCAGUAUGAGGCUCCCAGACGGAGACUGGGACCAGAGUCAGACCUUCCUCAACUCAGUGGGCAUGCCCUGCCCAGCCAACUCAGUCAUCUACCUGAGCUCCAAGUUCCUGCAGGAGAGAGGGGGCAGGCACGAGGACCCAGGGAACGUGGGGCCCCCCAACACGGAGCGAACACGUUACCUGGUCCUGGCCAACCACCGGGAGCCCCACGGAGGACAACCCAGGACCACCCUGAGGAACUCUGCGGGCGAGUACAACUAUCCAGCCACACCGCAGGACUCCCCAGACCGCAGGAGGGUGGUCUCAGCCCCCAGCAACCAGAUGGACUUUGGGGAGCCCCCCCGCUGGACCCAUGAGGGGCUCAACUAUAACAGCAACAACGGAGUGCCCUACCACUCCCAGCGCCCGGGCCUGAUCCGGGCCAACCACCACGGCCUGGCCGACUUCAAUCACCUGAUGGGAAAGAGUGUGGGCGAGCAUACCCAUAGUGGCCAGUGAGAAGAAGAGUGCCAUGAACCCCCCUCUCUGAAACCCAUUUCCCCUCAGCAACUGGAAUACCCCUCAGACUCUCCCAUCCCAAAUCCUGCCCUGUCUGUUCUCUCUCACUGUCAUUCAAUGUUCUGACAUCCCCUGGCGCGUAGCCUGGCUGCCUGACUGACUGACUGAAGAGACUGGGCCACCAGAAUCCAGCAGCUUAGAGAGAGAAAGAAAGAGAGAGAGUUAAAGAGAGGAGGUUUUUCUCCUCAUGGCUACUGCUCUGCUCUCGCCCUGAGAGGUGCACCCCUCUGCUCCGUAAGUGGUUUAACCUGUGGAGCUGGGGCUGGACACAAUGAGACCAAUCUCAAGGACUAGUAAGCGGUGCAAGGGAAGGAACAUUUUGUGAAAAAGGAAUUUUAAAAAACGGGACAACCGCUUCACUGAUAAUUUAGCAUUCAGCUUCAGUUGUGAAAGGUCUCCUUCUACUAUCUUGUGCUCUGCAAGUCAUUCAUGUUGUGUGACAUUUUUAUUUCUGCUUUACUUUUGUGCCAGCAUCCAGGAGACAACCAUGUGUUUGUCCUUGGUUUUUAGGCCACCUCUAUCACUCAGCUCUAUCCGUCAGCUUGAGUUUGGUAGGUAUUAGCAAUGCCAGAGAACACUGAAUCACACAUUAAAGGAGAGGCUUCCUGUCUUAAUGUGAGCAUACAACACACUGGAGCUUCUCAUAGGAAUAAGCUUGAUAAUGAUGUCAACGAUUAUUCCCAUUGUGUUAACAAUCAUGGAAAAAACACACAUUUCUAGUGUUUCUGAAGCUCUAUUAAGUGUUUAUAAAUCAGACCGUGUAAUGAUUAUAUCCCCACCCAAGUCUUCAGCCCAGAACUAUCAACGACAGCACUGGACUUGAACAUGUCAAAAACCAGGAGGGAGGCGAUAUGAUGAUGGUACCUUCUCAUUUGAUAAAAAGUGGAGGGAACAAGGAAAGAGGGCAGAGAAUGGUAUGAGAACUCCCUCCCCCUCCCUCUCUCCUCCUCUGUCUCCCUCUCCCUGGGUCUGUGUGACCUGACCUGAAGCCGAGGCUGCCCGACCUGGUGGAGAGGAGAACACACAGCCCAUGUAGGGGAAUGUGAGCAUGGCUGUGGGAGAUAGCGGGUCCUGGACCCUGCCACUGGGGAGCUCCAUUCAGGCUCCUCUCCCUGACACUGAGUCUCUUUGUGCCCUGGGGCAGGAGGAGAUGGCUACAACAAAUAGCGGUUAAGAGUCAGGGCAGGCAGGACAAACCCAGCUUCCUAGCCCAGCGGAAUAUCAAUGAGGAAAGCAGCACUCCCCUGCCCGUCCCUCCGGCCCCCUCACAGACACGGGCACCGUUUGGGACUGGGGCUGAGACCAGGCAGGGUGGUGGGCGCACGGAUGGGUCGAUAGGGCUGGGACCAGGCAGGGUGGUGGGCCCACGGAUGGGUCGAUAGGGCUGGGACCAGGCAGGGUGGUGGGCCCACGGAUGGGUCGAUAGGGCUGGGACCA